UGUCAGGAGUCACAAUGACAACAUUCUUGGUGGUCGUUCUUCUGGGUGUGGCCGCAGCCAAGCCGCCUCCGUCUCUGCUACGAAGACCACCGCCUUCCGUCCAGGAUAUCAAGUCUCUGGAGCCCGUGCCGUUUGACCCUGGGAUGGAAGUCGCACGCACUACUCUGUCUUGUGGUGCCCAUACUCUGGCUACAGGAACAUACACGAUCACAUCACCGAACCACCCUUCCAACUACGAAAACAACUACGACUGCCUCUACAACCUGACGCCGAGUUCGGGUGCUGAAACUCUAUCCAUCAGCUGUUCUGCGUUCAACAUUGAGUCUCACAGCUCCUGUGGAUGGGAUUGGCUGCGAGUGAACGGAAACAAGUUUUGUGGUACCCAAGGUCCCUCUGUCUCCAACAGCGGGGCCCUAAGCAUUGACUUUCAUGCCGACUAUUCGGUAGUCAGGAGCGGGUUCUCCUGCACCAUCACAGCUGGGCCCACGUCCUCCUCCGACUCCCUGACCUGUGGUGCCCACGCUCUGGCGGCGGGUACCUACACGAUCACAUCUCCUAACCACCCUUCCAACUACGAAAACAACUAUAACUGCCUCUACAGCCUCACGGCGGGUUCGGGUGCUGAAACUCUAUCCAUCAGCUGUUCUGCGUUCAACAUCGAGUCUCACAGCUCCUGUGGAUGGGACUGGCUGCGGGUGAACGGAAACAAGUUUUGUGGUACCCAAGGUCCCUCUGUCUCCAACAGCGGGGCCCUAAGCAUUGACUUUCAUGCCGACUACUCUGUAGUCAGGAGCGGGUUCUCCUGCACCAUCACAGCUGGGCCCACGUCUUCCUCCGACUCCCUGACCUGUGGUGCCCACGCUCUGGCGGUGGGUACCUACACGAUCACAUCACCUAACCACCCUUCCAACUACGAAAACAACUAUGACUGCCUCUACAGCCUCACGGCGGGUUCGGGUGCUGAAACUCUAUCCAUCAGCUGUUCUGCGUUCAACAUUGAGUCUCACAGCUCCUGUGGAUGGGACUGGCUGCGAGUGAACGGAAACAAGUUUUGUGGUACCCAAGGUCCCUCUGUGUCCAACAGCGGGGCCCUAAGCAUUGACUUUCAUGCCGACUACUCUGUAGUCAGGAGCGGGUUCUCCUGCACCAUCACAGCCGAGUCCGGAUCGGGCGUCACGACUCAGCCCCCCUCGGGCAGCUGCAGCUGCGGCGUGGCCAACCGCGCCUCCCGGGUGGUCGGCGGCGUCGAGACCGAGGUCAACGAGUACCCGUGGCAGGCGGGCCUGGUCAGCCCCGGCGGGACCCGCACCUGGUGCGGCGGCAGUCUCAUCAACGACCGGUACGUGGUGACGGCGGCCCACUGCACCAGUGGCAACACGGCGUCGCAGAUCCAGGUGCUGCUGGGCGACCACCGCAUCAGCGUCACCGACGGUGAGUCGCGUCACACCCUCAGUCACAUCAUCGAUCACCCGUCCUACGUGACGCACAGCCAGGGUUACGACAUCUCCCUGCUGAAGCUGUCCAGUCCGGUGACGUUCAACAGCCGGCGGGCGACCGUGUGCCUGCCGACCGCCGGCCAGACGUACGCCGGCGCCACGGCCAUCGCCACCGGCUUCGGCCGGCUCGGCGCCUCGCGGCCGCAGGCUACGGAGCUGCAGGAGGUCGAGCUGCCAGUCCGCUCCGAAGCUCAGUGCAGGGCCGUGUGGAGCUUCGUCACUGAAACCAUGAUCUGCGCCGGCGGCCUGCCUGCCGGCGGCAAAUCCGUCUGCAUGGGCGACAGCGGCGGUCCGCUCGUCACGCUAGAGAACAGCAAGUACGCCCUGAUCGGCGUCGUCUCGUUCGGCCGGCCGUGCGCCGUGGCGAACACACCCGACGUCUUCGCCAGGGUUACAGCGGUGCUGUCCUGGAUCCAGAGCAGCACGACCGACGCUACCUACUGCAGCUAGAGUACGGUGGUCCGCCCGCCCGCCAACCUGAGCUGACGGGAAUCUUUGAACCUGUACUCGAUUGCCGUGCAUUUCGUCUGGAGCAAGUGUGGGUCAUAGUUUUGAGUUCUGUCGGUUUGUAAGAGCCAUUUUGUUGCACUGUAACAUUCACCAUUCUUUUUUAUUUCAUGUCACAAAUCUGUGUUGACAGGUUUGCUUGCUUGCUUGGCUCGCUUGUUGGGAUUGGGACAAAUUAGUAUAACCUGUAACUCUGGCGCACCUGCCUAUACCUAUGUAUAACCUGUACCUAUGGCGUCUCCCCACGUUGACUUGGCAAGCA